AAUACUCGAUUCUUGGUCUACCUGUGUCAUGGCCAGCAUCAUGGGUGUGGGGGACUGGGUAACAGAAUCAACGGAAUCGUAUCUCUUUUCUACCUCGCAAUGUUAACAAAUAGGGUAUUUUUAAUCAACUGGGGUGGACCAGGCAACCUGGAAACCUUUCUUCAACCAAAUACGAUCAACUGGACCUAUGAUGGACGGCUUUUACAAAAUGUAAAAAUGCAUCGAAAAUACUGGGGUGUUUCGGGCCCAGAGCCAGGAUACGAUGAAUCUCGACUCGAGGAAUAUCCAAAGUUUUUAAACUGGGUUGAAAAAAAAAACUUUGAUGUUUUCUUGAAAGAAGAUGUGGAAGCCAUUGGAACAAUUUGGUACUUCGCCGAUCAGAUUUGGAAAAAUCCUCAUCUAUCUAAGCGAGCUAAAGAAUUAGGACUCCCUCCAGCUCAAGACGACUUUCCCUUUUCUAUGCUUGGUUGCGCCAUGGAUUUUUUGUUCAAUAGAUCAGUGUUUGUAGACAACAAGCUAGCAUUGGCUAGAAAGGAGCUUGGUGUUCGAUCACGCCCUUACAUUGGCAUCCACAUUCGAACGAGCGACCAUCAUUUUGGAUCGUCAAACCCACAUAGCAUCAGGACUAAAAACCCUAAAAGAGUUCUAGAAUGCGCCCAAAGAGUCCAGACUAUUAUACAAGCGAAGAAAUCGGUCGGAAAACGUCCGAUUACUUGGUUUCUGGCAGCCGAUGAUGCGAAACUCAAAAACAAUUGGACGAAAGAAUUGCCUUUGAACGUAUUUUCCUUAAAAAUGAAUCCACAACAUCUUGAAUAUUCGGGAAAAGAUAGUACUGCGUUUCUGGACGUUCUGGUGGACAUUUUUCUUCUUAGUGAAAGUGAUUAUUUUAUUGCAACUUGGGACAGUACGUUCAGUUACGUUGUCAUGGGAAUAAGGGGGUUUUCCACCAAGAGUUUUACGUAUGGUGAACGCUGUAACAUAAAUGAGACUAGUUUGGAACUUGCUGAAUAAUUAUCAUCGCUGCACCACCUACCACUACAGGGAGGCAUUAUAUCUAAAGGGAAUGCCAAUCGAAUUCUUUGCCUUCUGCCUUCAAAACUCUAUUCAUUCAUCCAAAAGGUAUAUAGCGUUUGACCAUGGUUGGAAAAACGAAAAAAAUACUUUGUAUAUCAAUGAUAUCUAUCAAAACUGUAGCGAUCUCUCGAAGAUUUGUAGUGAAUUUCUUAGGGAACGCUUUGGAGCCCGACCCGAUAGUCUCGUCUUGAUGUUACUUUCAUAGAAAUGCCGCUGGUCUGUCAGAGUGACGUGCUCAACUGCUAUAAGAGCUAUUUGGAACAUAUGCCG